AGCAAGGCAGGAGCCCUAGUGGACUCCGAUUCCCAGCAUGCAACGCUAACCCCACAGGGAGGGCCUAGGCGUCACGUUGCAUCUCGGGAGCUGUAGUCCUAGAAACCCUUGUUAUGCAAAGAAACACGGGGAUGAAGCGAGGAGGUGGGCGGGUCCCGACGACAGCCCUCUGGACGGAAGUGCCUGCACACGCGCGUUCUCUCAGGCGGGCAGAUUGAAUAAUAGAAGAAUGGAUAAAGAUGCAUAGAAGAUGUUUAAAAUCUAAGAUGUUUGAUCUGCAAUAAUAAUAUAGGUUGCAUUAUAUCCUGUGAGAACUUUGGGCAUUUUUCAAAGAUGCUAGCUCCCUUAUUCAGCUGCCCAUCGAGAACAUUUACUGUUCCAUUGCACUGUACCCAUGAAGUUAAAAUGUCGGUGUGUCUUGAAGAAUUAAGUGUUUAGCCUAAGUAUGGCUUUUGGAAAGAAAAUGUCCCUUUCUCGAGUAGAAAAUCCCUGCUUUCUGCUUUUUUUGAUAAUCUUUCAAGCAAUAUUCAUCUUGAUCCUGUACCGAGGCAGCAAUUCAACUGUAUAUCGGACUUCUUUUCCGCUACCUCGCCCAUUGGACUAUUCAAAAACAGAGGAUGUCUAUACAAAUCUCAGUUUGUUCACUCCUGCUCCUGAUAAGGCAACUAUGCGGUACUGCACUGAGUCACCAAUAUUGGUUGGACCCUUAGCUGUCACAUUUGACACACUACCCAGUGAAGAAAUGAUCAUCAGCAAAAACCCGUAUGUCCAGUCAGGUGGUCACUACAGCCCUCCCCACUGUGUGGCUCGCUACAAAACUGCUGUCAUUGUGCCACACAAGAAUCACGAGAAACACUUGCAGCACUUCCUCUAUUAUCUCCAUCCCUUCCUUCAGCGUCAGCAGAUUAACUACUGUAUCUACUUGAUUCAUCAGGCUGGAAGUGGCCCAUUUAACCGAGCAAAGCUUCUUAACGUUGGAGUCCGUGAGGCCAUGAAAGACGAUGACUGGGACUGCCUGCUUCUGCAUGAUGUGGACCUCAUUCCAGAGAAUGAUUAUAAUGUUUAUGCCUGUGAUGAUUAUUUCCCCAAACAACUGUCCACUGCUAUUGACAAGUUAUACUACAGUUUCCCAUACUGGUCCUUUUUUGGUGGUGUAAUUGCUUUGACCCCAGAGCAUUACAUGAAGAUAAAUGGGUUUCCAAAUACCUUCUGGGACAAAGAUGGUGAAGAUGAUGACAUUGCUGAAAGGAUUGCUAUCGCAGGAAUGGGAAUAGAUCGCGUUCCACUUUAUGUUGGGCAUUACAAAAUGAUAGACUAUGGACAAGCUGCUGAACGUGUACAGAACCUUAAAAGGCCUGCUGAACUGAACACUAAAAAAAUGUGGAGAGAUGAUGGGAUGAAUUCUUUGGAAUACAAACUCUUGGGAAAGAAGAAGUACCGUUUGUAUGUUAACAUUACUGUGGAUAUUGGGGCUGCACCCGUCCUACCACCCGAGGACAAAAGCAAAGGAAACAAAGCCUGACUCUGGCAGCAUUGGACUCUUGCAGUGCUGGAGUUUGCUGGGUACAAAAGGAUUGUGCGGUACGCAGACAUGAAGAUGCAUUUUUAAAGCUUCUAUUUACAAGUAAAAUAAUAAUAAAGUCACCACGAAUGAACACGCAAGUAUUAAGUUUGUGUAUUUUUGGAAAAGCAUGCAGCCAUUGUAAAGUGCGAUGUCUACUGAACCCUGCACUCUUACUCACCUGCACAGUUCUUGAAGAACAAGUGUUAGAUCUUAUAACCAGUUACACUGUGAUGUGGAUACUUGACAUUACUGUAUCCUCUUAACCGUAUGAAUGUAACGUAAAUUUAUGUGUUUGUUCUAUUUUUAGACAUCUUUUGCAUUAUAAAUUCUGUUCUCUUGCACCAGUGUUAAUGCUUUAAGGUGGCAGUUAAGUAUUAAAUGUGUUUCAAAGUGUUAAUUUUGUAAAAGUUUAUUUUUCAAUGAAUUUAAAUAAACUGCACUGAGUAUUA